AUGGAGGGGAUCCUAUUCGUGCAGCGGGACGUGAACCCCGAAGCGAUCGAAGAAAACAAGAUAAACGUCAAUGUGGAAAAAGCUAAUGACAAGUCUGCUAGGAAAGUACUGCAUAAAAUAAAAAAAAAGAUCCAGAAUAAAAUAAAACAAAAGAACCGAAUUGAUUACCUCCAAGUAGACCCACUUUUACUUCCUAAAAAUUUGCCAAAAACGAAAAAAAUAAAAAAUAAAAAAAUAAAAAACAAAUUGAAUAAGGAUGUGAGACUAGCCAUCAUAUCCUCGAAAAAGAUGCUAGCCAAUAGCAAAUUUAAAAGAGUAGACGAAGGGUUCAUUCGAUUUACGCAUGACCAAACGGAUAAUUCUACAUCUAAGGAACACUCCAUUGUGAAUACACAAAAGGAAUGGCAUACGAAGGGGAAGAGGAACGAAUUUGUAAGCUGUAUAAAUGAAGAGUCUAUUCAAGAGGAAGAAGGAACUUCAAAUAAUCUCGCCGAACACAUAGAGGUACAUUCUAAGAUGAAAAAAUUUCCUACGCAGAAAGAAAUUUACAACAAAGCAGAUGUAGGGACUAAAAAAAAGAUUCUAAACUUAAGACUAAAUUUAGGUCCAUACAAAUGUAGUUACUCAAGAAAUGGAAAAUAUUUACUAAGCACAGGAGAAAAAGGACACAUAACAUUGAUAGAUACACAUAAUUUAGAACCCAAAUGUGAGCUAGAAGUAGAGGAAACUGUUAGAUGCAGCACGAUUCUACAUAAUCACAAACUAUUUGCAGUUGCACAGAAAAAAUAUAUAUAUAUAUAUGACAAUACAGGGAUAGAAGUGAACUGUAUUAAGGAUAUACUAUACACAUACCAAAUGGAAUUCUUACCAUUUCAUUUCUUAUUAACAUCAGUAGGAGAAUUUGGAGAAUUGGUAUAUCAAGAUAUAAGUAUUGGAAAUAUUGUUACAAGGAAAAAAACAAAAAGAGGCCCUUGUACAAUUAUGAAACAAAAUAAACAUGAUGCUACUAUCUAUCUUGGGCAUAAAAAUGGACAUGUAACUAUAUGGACUCCAAAUAUGGAUAAACCUGUAUGUGAUAUGUUUUGUCAUGAAACUCCAAUUUCGUCAUUAUCUAUUCAAGAUAAUUAUCUUAUUACAGCGUCUCUUGAUUGUACAUACAAAUUGUGGGAUAUGAGAAAAUUAGAAUUUAUAAAUUCAUAUAGAUCUCAUAACAUUAUUGAUAAUAUAGAAAUUAGCGACAGAAAUAUUGUUGCAUUUUCAAUGAAUAGUCAUUUUCGAACAUAUAAAAAUUUCUUUUCAAAACCAGAAUUAUAUUUAACUCAUAACAUUUGUGGAGAUAAAAUAAAUUCUAUAUCAUUUCAACCAUUUGAAGAUAUAUGUUGUGUGGGUUCUAAGUAUUCUAUUAAAUCUUUACUCAUCCCAGGAGCUGGACUAGCCAAUAUAGAUACCUUUGUAAAUAAUCCAUAUGAAACCAAGAAACAGGUUCGAGAAAAUGAAAUUAGAUCACUUUUGGAAAAAUUACCACCUGAUACAAUUCAUUUUAAAAAAAAUGAAAUAGGAAAAGUUAAUCCUUAUACCUUUCCCAGCAACCCAAAAGUAAAUCAUCUACCACCCAAUCGUUCAUAUCAAAGUAAUUUACAUCAGUCUAUGCAAAAUUCUAUGUCAUCCAAUUCGAAAAAGAAAAAUCCUUUAUCUACUGUAAAAAACCUGCAUGUCAUGAGAAAAGUCUCAAGUGAGCCAGAAAACACAAGUAAUGAUGAACAAUCGACAGCUACCAUGGAUAAAUGUAAUUCUAAACAUAACCAAGGUAAGGUGCACACACAUCUUGAUGGUGGACAGUCGACGUCUUGGAAACAGAAGAAAAGAAACAAGAAAAACCAAAAAAAAAAAAAAAAAAAUUCAUUUUUAAAUUCGAAUGUUCCAAAAUAUUUGCGUAAAAGUUUUAAGGAUUAG